AUGGUAGUUAAUGCUACUGCAAAUGGUACCUUGUUGGAUAAAUCUUGUAAUGAAGCAUAUGAUAUUUUGGAAAAAAUUGCCAACAAUUAUUAUCAAUAUCCUACCACAGGAGCUGGGAUAGGUAAGAAAGCUGUUGGUACCAUAGAGCUUGAUGGUCAAACAUCAUCUUCUACCUCUAUUGAAGCCUUGUUGAAGGAAUACACAGCUAAGAAUGAUGUUGAUGUUCAGUUCAAAAGAUUUUUGGAUGUUUUGAAGCAACUCCAUAUCAACACACCGCUAGUAAAUGCUUUGGAGAAAAUGCCUAGUUAUGUGAAAUUCAUGAAAGAUAUAUUGUCAAAGAAGUGCAGAUUGGGAGAAUUUGAGAUUGUUGCUCUCAUUAAAAGGUGCACAACAAUGUUGAUAAAUAAAUUACCUCUAAAGUUGAAGGACCGGAAGAGUUUCACUAUCCCAUGUUCAAUUGGAAAUCAUUAUGUUGGUAAAGCAUUAUGUGACUUAGGAGCGAGCAUUAAUCUAAUGUUUAUGUCUAUUUUGAGGAAGCUAGGAAUUGGGAAAGCAAGACCUACUACAAUUAUGUUGCAACCAGCUGAUCGAUCCUACUCACAUCUAAAAGAAUGUGAAGCUGACCAAGAUGUGCCAAUUAUUCUUGGAAGACUUUUCUUGCUACUGAUUACUUCCAAUAUAUUUAAUGCCUUAAAAUAUGCUACCGAGAAUGAAGAAUGCCACGCCAUUAGGUUUACAGAAACAACAUUAGAGGAACAGUUUGCAAAAUUUUUCCACAACAAUUCUGAUAGUGAUGAAGACUUAUUUCAAUGGAGUGACACAGCAAUUUUUGAGGACAUUGGUGAACUUAUGAAAGCCAACCAGUUUGUGGAUAGACCAGAGAAGAAGUUUGAAUCCUUAAAUUUAUCAGAUUGCUCUUUUAAUCCUCCUAAACCUUCUAUAGAGGAACCUCUCACACUGGAGUUAAAGCCUUUAUCGUAG